AUGGCGGCCCGCUGUGACAGAGCGGCGCAGCACAACGCACAGCUGUGGAGGACAGAUGGAAGUUUUGUGGUUCAUGAUGUACCUUCAGGAUCUUACGUAGUGGAAGUUAUAUCCCCUGCUCAUAAAUUUGAGCCCGUGCGAGUUGACAUAACUUCAAAAGGCAAAAUGAGAGCAAGAUAUGUGAAUUACAUCAAAACCUCUGAAGUUGUCAGGCUGCCGUACCCACUCCAGAUGAAAUCUUCUGGACCUCCUUCAUACUUUAUAAAGAGAGAAUCUUGGGGAUGGACAGAUUUCCUCAUGAACCCUAUGGUGAUGAUGAUGGUUCUUCCAUUACUGAUAUUUGUGCUUUUGCCUAAAGUUGUCAACACCAGCGAUCCUGAUAUGAGACGGGAAAUGGAGCAAUCAAUGAACAUGCUGAAUUCCAACCACGAGCUGCCAGAUGUCUCUGAAUUCAUGACAAGACUUUUCUCUUCAAAAUCUUCCAGCAAGUCUGGUAGUAGCAGCAGUAAAGCAGGGAAAAGUAGUUCUGGAAAAAGGAGGUAGUUAGUCUUCCUCCUAAGCCUGAGUUUGCACAACUGUUUGUUAUGUGGUAUCAUGUGUAUUUGUCUUGAAAGAUCAAAAAGCCACUACUGUAAACUUUAAUCAGGCACAAAGUACGAUAUGCUACAAAUGUGGUGUGUAGCUUUUUUUAGUCUAUAUAAGCUGUUUUGUACUUGACAGUAAGCAAAAGAGGACAUGGCUUCAAUACUGUAUCUGUAUAAAGUUAUUGAUGAUACUGAAUUAACUAUAUUGUUCUGUAGAGAAUUAUUAUAAAUUAUAUGAUGUGCUAAACAGUAAUGAAUGUCUUAUGAAUAAGACAAGGUAUAAAAAAUUUUCAAAG